GCCAUCUUCACUAUCACCGGAAGUGCCCGCUCGGUGGUCUCUAGGCUACCGCGGACCGCCUCAGGAGGCAACGGCUGGUGGCGCCGGAGGAGGCCGAGCCGAGCGAGCCAAGCCAGGCAGUCCCCAGCGCUCAGCAUGCCGAGGGGUGACAGCCGUCGAGGGUCCUCCAUGCCGAGGGGUGACAGCCGUCGAGGGUCCUCCAUGCCGAGCGGUGACAGCCAUCAAGGGUCCUCCAUGCCGAGCGAUGACAGCCGUCCAGGGUCCUCCAUGCCGAGCAGUGACAGCCAUCCAGGGUCCUCCAUGCCGAGGGGUGACAGCCGUCGAGGGUCCUCCAUGCCGAGCGAUGACAGCCGUCCAGGGUCCUCCAUGCCGAGCAGUGACAGCCGUCGAGGAUCCUCCCACCGCAGACGGCGGGCCCGCUCCCGCACCGCCCGAGCCCAGCUGACCUUCUCUGUGAGCCAAGUGGAGCGCCGUCUGCGGCAGGGCCACUACGCUCAGCGCCUGAGCUCAUCCGCAUCUGUGUUCCUGGCUGCCACCAUCGAAUUCCUGACAGCCAAGGUGCUGGAGCUGGCGGGCAACGAGGCCCACAACAUCGGCAGCCGGCGCAUCACGCCUCACCUGGUGGACAUGGCGGUCCACAACCACGGGCUGCUCAGCGGCUUCUUCGGCACUGCGACCAUCUCGCAAGUGGCCCCGGGCCGGGGCCCGGAGUAGCCGCUGACACCAUAUCCUUGCCUGUCCAGCCCACGGCGGACCCGCCAGCGUCCACGCACAGAGCCCUGGGCCACCCCUCGCUCCAGGCCGGGCGGGCCGUCCCUGACCGGUGCCUCGACAGCAUUCUGUGAUUAAA